CAAUUAGUGUUAAUUUGUUAAUCUGUUAUUUUGUGUAAUCUGUUGAUCAACAUUAUCUACAGACCACCACAGAACAACAGAGAUAACAUCCGAGACACAUCCGAGAUCAGACAUAGUUCAGAACUUUGUGGUUCAGAAAGCACAACAGAAAGUAGUUAGUUCUAGUAACCUGUUAUUUUCGUUAAUUAAAGCGCAUUGUUAUGAAGUGGCUUAUUGUUUUGAUAAAAUCAUAUUUCCGAAAAUGAAUACGCCAUCACAGAAUAUAAUCAUAAAUUCAUGUCAAUAUACACCUGUUUAUAUUAUUCAAAAUCAUGCUGCCAACCAAGCAAGGCCGUUUUUUAUAACUCAAAACAGCCCAGCUGUAGAACCACCAGUCACCAACAACUUAAAAACAUUUUACGAAAAUAGCGGUAUACUUGAAACUAACCUUAACUCAGACGAAAAUAUCACACAGCCGACAAUUCCGAAGAAACCUGAAUAUAAUGUUGUAGGUAACAACUUAAAACUAGCAAAUUUUCUUAAGAGUGAAAACAAUAAUGGAGUGUGCCCACAAAAAAUUACCACGGUCAAUAGCGUGGUGGUUAAACCUAUGUAUAUCGCUAAUAACCAGAGCUCAACUAUGCCGAAGUUGGAUAUGAACAGUAGAAUCGUGCACCUAAAAGACUUACCAAAUGUUAUACGCGCACAAAACGGAAGAAUACUGCCAAAGAUGAAACCAAAAGAGAAUCUGAACAUACUGAAUAACAGCCAGGUGAAGAUAGUAAACCAACCAAUUAAAGUUAGCAGUCCACAAAGUACUAAUGCAACCAUGACAAAACCAGUAUAUGAGCCCACUACUAACAAAAAGCUUAUUUACAAAGUGAUAUCACCUAAAGAGAUCAAACUUCUGGAGCAGUAUAAAAUGAACAAACAAAAAAAACAGUUGAAUACUAUUGUUGAAACAGUUGAACCACAAAAGAGUGAAGAAGUUCAAGAGCAAAAGAUACAAAUCGAGACGACAGUAACUCGAAGUGGUAGAAUAGUGAAGUUACCGAAAACUAUGAUUGAUGAGGACUCGCCAAAUAGACCAAAAAGGAAAAAUGGACAUUUCGUUUCAUGCCUUCAAUGUAGCUCUAAAUUCAGCAGUUCAAAUCGCCUUCAAAGGCAUUAUGAGCACCAUCCGUCGCAUUCACCCUCAAAAUUGAACACAGAUCUAUUUGAAUGUUUAUUGGAUGUUGUAAAUACAGAAUCUGAGGAAAACAAGUCAAACGUUUUUUUACAGCAGUUAAAACAAUUCAUCAAGAAAUUGAAAUCAUGUGUACCAUGUUUGUUGAAAGCAUGUAACACAGACGGCGAGCCUAGCAUCAUUGAUGAUGAAAUCGGACGAUUAUUAGGAAUAAAUCCAGGAAAAUAUAAUUUAAAUUUAGAAGCACUCAAUUGUGAGAAAGAUGAAAAUGGUCACUGCACACAUAAUCCGCCUCCAACCACUAAACAAACACAUGGAUACCAAACUACAGAUAAUACUUGUGUCUCAGAGUUAAAUGAACAAACUGAGUUACGAAACAUUGAUGAUAUAAAGGCUAAUACUAGAGCGUCAAAAACAUUCCACGAUUACGUCAAAAAGUUUGAUAACAGAAAGCACGCCUCAGAAUGGGAAAACCAACCUGACAAUGGAAAGAAAAUUAAACUUUCCCCACAAAUAGAAUCAGACAGAAAAGUUAUUGACGACAUAGUUGCAAUAUUAAGUGACGCAGGUAAGACUGAACAUAGAGUAGAAACAAAAACUAGCUUAGAAUCAAAAUCUUUAGAUAAUUUAGUAUUAGAAAACAAAGUUAAAAUAGAACACGAAGAAGAAAUAUUACCAAAGCCAACAAAUACAAAACCAGCACAUAUAGAAUUCCGUAGCACGCAUUUUGACAUCAGAUCAUCUCCAAUAAAAAGUACAUCGACAGUGUUCAGAAAAUUUCAAAUAAAUCCAGAGAAAAUCGCGAAAUACGAUGUUGAACAAAUUCGACCAAUACAAUUAAAUACAUUAGCACAAGAGAUUGAAAAGUGUACAGAAAAUUCACCAAAGGAUGUUGUCAGCAACACAAAUGCUACACCUACAGACAGUAUUGAACAAUUUAGUUUUAAGUCACCCGAGGAAUGGCACAUGCCUCAGACAGAAGAUUUUUCUAACAAUAAAUGUAAUGUCUUGAUUAGUAAUCAAACAGAGAAUUUCUUAAAGACUGAGCCACUUAUUGAACCAUCACUAUUACAUAUUAAAGAAGAGUCUGAAAUAGAAAAUGUCCCGGGCAAUAAUGUCAUUGAAACUAGCGAUAUAACCCCCAAUCAAAAUCAAUCGCUUAUAAGUAUUUUAGAGGCCCUCGGCAAUGAACUUACAUUCUCGGAGCCUGCCGAGCCUGUAAAUAAUAACAAUAGUAUUGAUUUUCAAUUAGAUUUAUUUUCAUACAAAGACUAAUGUAGUGAUUAAUAUU